AUGACUGACUGUAAGCCCCUCACCACCCCGGCCGCUAUUACUCAAGCUGUUGCACCUGAUAAUGAGCUCUACGACAAUCCCACACAGUACCGCCGCCUUGCUGUCGCUCUUCAGUAUUUAACAAUCGCACGCCCGGAUCUCUCGUACUCUUCCUCCGCAUCCACAGACAUUCAUGCGUUCUCCGACUCGGAUUGGGCCGGGUGUCCAGUAAACCGGAAGUCCACAAGUGGGUAUGUUGUGUUUCUAGGCACAAACUUGGUCUCGUGGGUGUCCCGAAAACAACGGACCGUGGCCCGAUUUUCCACUGAAGCAGAAUACAAGGGGUUGGCAGAUGUUUCAGCUGAAGUCACUUGGGUUAUUUCGCUGCUGUGUGAACUUGGUUUACACUCAGGUAGGCCUGCGACGCUUUGGUGUGACAAUCUUGGGGCCACCUACCUCUAUGCUAAUCCCGUUUUUCAUGCCCGGACAAAGCACGUGGAGAUUGAUUUUCACUUUGUUCGUGAUAAAGUUGCCUCGGGAGAGUUUCAGGUCAACUUCGUUUCCACGAAAGAUCAAUUGGCGGACAUCUUUACGAAACCCCUCCCGUCAUCCCGUUUUGGACUGCUGCGCGGUAAGCUCAAUGUUGUCUUCAUCCCACCUUGA